AUGUCACCGUAUUACGUUGAUGAAUUAGAAGACUACUACCAAGAUGGGCUGGAUGGGAUUUCCCACAUGAUGGAACAAGGCUAUUACGACUACUACGACGGAUCCGACGAAGAAUUUGCCAUGCCUCUGCCUCGUCGAAGACAGAGAAUUCGUGAACGACGAUACCGACGCACAAGAAAUAGAACACCAAGGGGCGAGGACGAUUAUACCUGUAUCUCCGACUCUGAUGAAACCAUCCACCGGGCCAGCGACAACCACCAUAGCAACAGACGCUGUCGCCACAGAGAUUGCUGUCGUAGUCGACGAGCAGGCCGUAGUCGAUGUGCAGACUCCAGCCGUCAAGAAGUUCACCACCAUCAUCUCGUCAUCUGUCAUCAGUCUGGGGGCCCUGGACCCAAUGCCUACCCGCCACAAUCGAACAGUAUGCUCCAGAUAGAAGGCCAGCAACCACUCCAAGGCCAAAUAGUUGCGGGAGUGGGUGGAGGAGCACUUGUGGCACUGGGCCGGCAAGCAAUCACUGCGCCUGCGCGAGGUGACAUGGUCUUACCUUCGGCUAUCAUGCCGACGGACGCUGGUCCUCAAUGUGGAUGUGAAUGCUGCUAUACAUCUCGCGCCCACCAGAUAGAGGCGCUGAACAUGACCAGGACACCGCAAAUCCUGGGUCAGGGAGUUGGCUUGACAGCCGGGCAAUUGCCAGGUACAUUCACCCGACCUAUUCAUAUCCCUAGAUUGCUGCAGUAA